AUGACCAAGCAGGCCAAGCAGUGCGAAGUAGUGCCAAUCAGGGGGAGGCUAACAAGCAAAUCAAGCAAAUUUGAGUUUAUAGACGCUAUGCUGACUGGCCAAGAUGCAGGUACAUGCGCGCUUGAUGGACCUUGCAGCCAAGAGCCGCCUCCUGCGGUCCAAUUCCCAGCUACCGCCUCGGCAUGUCCAAGCACGACCGCAGCCGCGGUGGUGUUGGACAAGCUUGCCGGCUUGGACGUAGCCAGGAAGGUCGAGCGUGAUCGGCGCCGGGAGGAGUCCCGAGCGGCAGCUGACCCGCGCGAGUCGGUAGCGCGGUUUCUGAAGACUUUUUCAGCACGGCAGCGCAACGUGGAUGAGGCGCUGAAGAUCAUGCUAGCAAGCCACCAGGGUGACCGACAGCUGCAAGAGCAGCAACAGCCUCAGCAGCAAAAUGCAGCAGCUCAAGAUGACUUCGACGGAAUCGACGUUGUCAACUUGGUAGUCUCCACAGCAUCUCCAGAACAUAUCCAGGCUUCGUUAGAUUUGGUUAGUGCCGAGGUUUUGUCCCUUGAGCAAGCCGCUGCCGCAUCGUCGUAUUACCUCCCCGCAUACGACCAGAAGCAAUGUGCCGCCACCAUAGCGUCCCUGCGCGCCUCGAUCGAGGCCGCACGCACGGCGCUAGUCCCUCGCAGGCGCUUUGCCUUCGGCAGCAAGAAAGUGAGCAAGGUCCGCGGCGAGGAGGUAAGCACGGCCGCGGCGGCUACAACGACAGCAACAACGACCGGCCCCAGAGCUGCUGCUGCCGCAGCGGCGGCGGCGGCGGCGGCAGCGCCUAUGCCAGCCGCUUCUGCGGGUUCCGCUGCACCUGGGACAGCGGCGGCGUGCAGUCCGGGGAGAGAUGCUUCGCCACACGCGGCAUCGCCUGGGACUUCUAUAGCCGCAGCCUCUGGCCAUCCCACUGCGGCCUCGAUACCCUCAUCAGCAGUACAGGCGUCGGCAGGAGCGGCGGAGGUGACCGUCACGGCAGAUAGCGCCGCGCUCGAUGCCGCGCCGGCAGCGCUGACGGUUUCGGAGCAAGACCGCGCUCUGGUAGCACGCGGGCGCGGCUUACUAGGCCUCACGGACGCGACUAUUGUACUGUCUGCAGACGAGGUUUCGGAGCAUGGCGUCGGUGGCGACUUUGUGCUGCUAGGACUCACGCGGUGUCGAGUGGUGCUGCUGGGUCGGCUACGCGCGCUGCGGAUAGCAGGGCUUCGAAGCUGUACGGUGGUUUCCGGGCCCGUGACGGGCGCCUGCUUCGUGGAUGACGUGCGCGGCAGCAGCUUAUCACUGGCCACGUAUCAGGUGCGAGUGCACCGCACGCAUGCCACGGACCUCUUCCUGCGGGCUCGUAGCAAACCCAUCAUCGAGCACUCCACAGGCAUUCGCGUGGCGCCCUGGGUCGCGGCCGUCGCGCCGGAGCCGCGGUUGGAGCGGUUGCUACAGGCGAACAUGCUAGGCGAGGAGACCGGCUGUUGGCAGCAAGUGGACGACUUUGGCUGGAUCAAGGCCGUACAGUCCCCGAACUGGUGCGUGAUGCCGCCGGAGGAACGUCCACAGGAGCUGUUGGCCGUGCCGCCAGCUGUGUGGGGGGAGCCUGUGGUGCACGAGGCGACGGCGGACGGUAUGGCUGCUGGAGCUGGUGGCAGCGGCGACGGCGGCGAGGACGUAGCGGUUCAGGACGUCCGGGACGCGGACGAUGAAAUCUAG